AUGGUCUCCAGCUCGACGCCCACACGGGCGAAGCGAGCACGCCAGGAGCCGGAGAACAACGAGUCACCACUGGCAGCAUCCAUCAAGCGACGACGUCUCAACGUCGCUGCUCCACCGUCACCCUCGACGCCCAACGCGUUGGAUGCCGUCAGCUCCGCGAUGUCGGGCGCUCUAGGCAAAGCUCACCGUUCGUCCACCCGCCGCUUCGUCAACGCUCUGGGUGCAGGUUUGAAGAAGCCGACGACGGCUGCCAUAGGAUCUGGCGAAGUUCCCGACUCCGAGGACGAUCAGCCGGGGACUCCGUCUGCCAGGAAGAAGGCCGCUGGAACUGUCAAGCCUUCGUCACAGCCUGCCAAGGUGGUCAGUAGUAGCAUCUACGACUUUCCCGACUCUGAUGAUGAUAUGAAUCCGAUGGCAGGUGGGACGAGCUUGGGGGAGACUCGCCCCAAGGAAACCAAGGCACCAUUGCGCAAGAAUUCAGUGGCCGCCAAACUUUUAUCUUCGUCCUCGAAGGCGGCUCGCUCCAAGGGUCAAGGAGAAGGCGCAUCUGGCACUAUGGAGGAGUCUGUUGUUAGGAGACGUCCUGGCGUCAAGAGCAGACAGGCUACGGCUACCUCUAGCAACACGCCUCAGCUAAGGGGUAUUUUGACGCCCUCGAAGAGGGGUGAGAAGCGUGCUCCCAAAAGUGUUGCCUUUGAUGGUGAGGUGAAGGAGGGCCAUGGUCGGACCGAAGAUGUUCACUUUGACGAUCUGCCCGGGAAGUCGAUACAGAGCGCGUCCAAAACCAAUGGGCUCAAGACUCCCAGGCUGGAACAGAGCAAAAACACGGGCAGCAAACCGGAAGUCAAGGCACAGGUUGUCGAUGCUGAGGAUGAUUUGGAUAAGGAUGACGAUGCUGCCACGGACGAUGAGGUGUGCGCGAUCUGCUCUUUACCACAUUCUGAACCACCGAACGAGAUACUGUUUUGCGACAAUUGCGACAAGGGGUAUCAUCAGGAGUGUUAUAGUGUUCCUAUAAAGCUUCGUGGACAAGAGGAGGCGUACGACAAAGCGUUGCGGCUUGUGGAGCAGACUGUGGUGGCCGGAGAAGGCAAUUCCAUGCUCUUCAUUGGGGCGCGAGGGUGCGGAAAGACUGCGCUGAUUGAGAAUGUCAUCUCCGAGAUUGCCGCGGAGCACGAGAACGAUUUCCAUGUUGUCAGGCUGAAUGGCUUCAUCCACACGGAUGAUAAAAUUGCGCUCAAAGAAAUAUGGCGGCAGCUAGGCAAGGAGAUGGAGGUUGAAGAUGGGCUUAUCAACAAGGUUUGCUCUCUCAACCCUGAGGGUGGUUCCCUGUCAAUAAAACACGUACUGACUCCAACAUGGCCGCAGACAAACAACUACGCCGACACUCUCGCUUCGCUUCUCGCUGUUCUCUCACAUCCCUCCGAAAUCGCAGGAGCGGACUCUGGAGUGACGUCAAAAUCGGUGGUUUUCGUCAUGGACGAGUUUGAUCUUUUCGCGACUCACGCCAGGCAGACACUGCUGUACAACCUUUUUGAUAUUGCACAAGCUCGCAAGGCGCCCAUUGCCGUCAUUGGACUCACGAGCAAGGUAGACGUGGUGGAGACACUGGAAAAGCGCGUCAAAAGCAGAUUCAGCCAUCGCUACGUUUACUUGUCAUUGCCCAAGACGCUAGGUGGCUAUUGGGAUAUCUGCAAGCAGGGGCUCUUGGUUGAGCCCGAUGAAGUGACGCUUGCAGGGCUGAGCGGCCCUUCAACUGGUCGCAAAGCUUUCAGCGAUUGGUGGAACAAGCAGAUCGAGACGCUCCGUGAGGAACCGAGUUUCCGAGACCAUCUCGAGUUCCACUACUACAGCAGCAAAUCGGUUACAGCAUUCUACAAUUCAUGCAUAAUUCCGUUGUCACAGAUUUCGCCUUCUCGGCCGUGGUUGGUGAUGCCUUCAGCAGAGGCUGGGCUGGCACUCGAGGCGCCAGAGUCCAAGCUCGUGCUCCUCGAGUCGCUUUCAGACCUGGAUCUGGCGCUCCUGAUCGCGGCGGCACGGCUGGACAUCGUGGCACACACCGACACGGUCAACUUUGCCAUGGCGUACGACGAGUACACAUCCCUCAUGGGACGACAGCGUGUAAUGUCUGCGACAUCUGGAGUGCUUGCGCUCGGCGGAGGAGCAAGGACUUGGGGGAGAGGCGUGGCCGGUACGGCGUGGGAGCAUCUCAUCUCUGUGGGGCUUUUGACGCCGGCCUCCGGGGUCGGCAGAGCAAGCGCGGGAAACAUGGGCCUCGAGGCCAAGAUGUGGAAGGUCGAUGUGGCGCUCGAGGAGAUACCAAUCGCUCUCAAGCCCAGCAGCAUCCUCGCCAGGUGGUGUAGGGAGAUAUGA